AUGGGCUUCACCACCGGCUUCACCGGAGGCGUCACCCUGACCCUCUCGCUCGCCUACCUUACAGUCCUCGCCCACCAGCGGAACCGUGAGCGCCAGUCCGCCAUCCUGCGCGCCAACAACCUCGUCGUCUCCGGCAUCACCGACCCGCUCCCCCCCCUCCACCCGCCCACGCGCUCCGAACUCGCCGCUCUAGAGCGCGCCAACCUCGUCGAGUCCGCCAAGGACAAGUGGAAUGCCGAGGUCGAGGGCGCCGUCCGCUGGGCCCAGGAGACGGACUGGGUCGAGGUACGGGAAGGCCUCGAGAGCGCAGCUGGCCGCCUGUGGGGGCGUGCCCUCGGGAAUGCUGUUGAUGGAGCCGAGAAAGCUGAGAACAAAGCUGCAAGAUUAGCUGGCGAGGCUAAGGACGACGUCAAGAGCGCUGCCGACGCAAAGGCGGCAGGUGUGGCCGAGGCUGCGAAGAGCGCAUAUGCCGAUGCGAAGGCUCGUGGCUCCGAUGCUCUGAGCCGGGGUGAGAAGCAGGCAGAGGAGGCCAGGGGCUCGCUAUUCAGCGCCGUCGGCAAGGGGAUCGAGAAGGGCAAGGAGGCCUUGGGUCUCGCCAAGGACAAGGUGGUGGGUGCUGGCGAGAAGGUCGAGGGCAAGGUUGACGAGAAGCUGAAUCCCGUCGAGAGGACGCUGAGACAACGGUACGAGAAGCCCAGCGGCGUGAACCAGACCGUUGAGGAGGCUCUGGCCGAAAGAUAUCUGCCCGUGGACAAGCGGGAUAAUACCGUAUUGAGGGGUGUAUAG